UUGCAGUUGAACCAUGCCGCACCAUAACAUACACCUGGGCUUGGAUAACAUCGUGAGGGACAUGCUAGGUGAACCAGAAACCGGCGAGGAUGUACCAGGCAAACAGAACGACGAGGUGAGGGAGGGUAACGUCACUUAUGGAAUCGACGAUGUGCCCGCGUGGUAUCUGUGCAUCUUCAUGGCUUUGCAGCACUACUUGACGAUGAUCGGGGCCAUCGUGGCGAUCCCCUUCAUCCUCUGCCCCGCGCUCUGCAUGCAAGAAACAGACCCCGAUCGGUCCAACAUCAUCUCAACUAUGAUUUUUGUCACAGGCCUCAUAACCUGGCUGCAGGCGACCUUCGGCUGCCGACUGCCCAUCGUACAGGGCGGCACCAUCUCUUUCCUCGUCCCCACCCUGGCUAUCUUGGGCCUGCCGGCGUGGCGCUGCCCUCCUACUGAGGAGUUAGCAGCCAUGACUGAUGAAGAACGAAGGGUGGUAUGGACUACAAGGAUGUGCGAGCUGAGUGGGGCUAUAGCUGUAUCAGCGCUGUUCCAGGUUUUUCUUGGUUACUUCGGCGUGAUCGGCUCAAUGCUGAAGUUCGUAACGCCCCUGACCAUCGCACCAACAGUAGCGCUGGUAGGACUGACGCUGUUCGACCACGCAGCGGACGCUGCUUCUGGCCAGUGGGGUAUCGCUGCUGGAACGUUCACGUUGCUGACGGUAUUCUCGCAAUGUAUGGGCGGCGUGAGCGUCCCCACCGUGUCCUGGACACGGUCUACCGGCUGCUCGGUCCAGUGGUUCCCGCUUUUUAAGCUGUUCCCGGUUCUCCUGACGAUAACCAUCAUGUGGUUCGUGUGCCUGGUCCUGACACUGACUGACGCCUUACCGGCGGGUCACCCGGCUCGCACGGACCUCAAGCUGGUCAUCAUUCAGGACGCGCCCUGGUUCCGAGUACCUUACCCAGGCCAAUGGGGAGCACCGACGGUGAGCGUGGCGGGCGUGCUAGGCAUGCUGGCCGGCGUGCUAGCAUGCACAGUCGAAUCCAUUAGCUACUACCCCACCACGGCUAGAAUGUGUGCGGCACCACCUCCUCCUCUCCACGCCAUCAACCGAGGUCUAGGCACUGAGGGUCUGGGUACGGUACUUGCUGGGCUCUGGGGGUCCGGCAAUGGGACCAAUACUUUUGGAGAGAAUGUGGGGGCUAUUGGUGUCACUAAGGUUGGAUCACGGCGCGUGGUGCAGUGGGCAGCAGGCCUGAUGGUGCUGCAAGGUGUGGUUGGGAAGUUCGGAGCGGUGUUCAUCAUCAUACCACAGCCAGUGGUGGGAGGACUGUUCUGCGUCAUGUUCGGCAUGAUCUCGGCAUUCGGUCUAUCAGCCCUCCAAUACGUGGACCUAAACAGCUCCCGGAACCUGUACAUCAUCGGCUUCAGCCUGUUCUUCCCGCUGGUGCUGACGCGCUGGAUGGCCGCGCACAGCGGGGUGAUACAAACCGGGGUGGAGGCCCUGGAUGCUGUGCUGCAAGUGCUGCUGUCUACGUCCAUCCUCGUUGGAGGAGUCUUGGGAUGCUUACUUGAUAAUUUGAUACCAGGCACAGAAGAGGAGCGCGGCCUGGCAGCGUGGGCGAAAGAGAUGGCGCUAGAAGCCGCCGGCGCAACGCAAGGAGGAGACACUUAUGAUUUCCCUGUCGGGAUGUCACUCAUACGCAGAUGGAAAUGGACAUCAUAUCUCCCGUUCAUGCCAACGUACGAAGCUGGCAAGUUUACGGCACUCCUGACGAGGAAAAAGAACAGCUAAUGGGGAAAAGAGACAAAU